AUGGCUGAUAAUUCACAAAUAAUGAUAUUCCUAUUAUCAAUAAUCCAAUUAGCUAAUUCACUUGAGCUAUUUAUAGUACCUCACUCCCAUUGUGACUUAGGCUGGCUACAUACUAUUGACUGAUACUAUCAGAAUAAAGUAAAAUCCAUUUUCCACACAAUAACAACCUUAUUAGCCGAAGAUAAAGACAGGAAAAUAGUCUGAUCAGAAACUUCUUAUCUGAAAAUGUGAAUGGAAGGCCAAGACCUUGAAAUGCAAGAAGCGAUGAAAAGUCUAAUAAAAAAUGGCCAAAUUGAAAUCGUUGGAGGAGGGUAUGUACAAAAUGACGAAGCCAACACAGAUUUUGAUAUGGUUAUUAGGCAGAUUGAGCAUGGUCAUGAAUAUCUGAAUGAAAAAUUUGGGAUAAAUAAAGUUAAGGUCGGCUGACAAAUUGACCCUUUUGGACAUUCAGCGCUGACUCCGAGUUUGUGGGCAAAAUUUGGGUACCAAUAUCAUGUCAUAAACAGGAUAGAUUCUAGUUUUAAGCAAGAGCUGAUUAAUAAUGGAAAUUUAGAAUUCAUAUGAUAUGGCGUCGAUUUUGGCAAAAAUGAGUCAAUUUUCACUCACGUUUUAUAUGACCACUAUGAUGCUCCACCCAUACUUAAUAUUUAUAGUCCUCAGUACUGUUUCUCAAAUGGAACUCUGUCGGUGGAAAUUCUCAAAAUAUGGUAAAAUACUAUAUAGCGCUGAAAAGCUAUUUUCUUUAGUAGUUCAAAGGACCUCUGCAUACAGGACAGACAAAAUGAUGUUUUUGUAUGGAGAUGAUUUUUACUUUUCAGACCUGGAUAGCUCAAGAACUGAAUUUAAAAAUCUUGAAGCAUUAAUAGACUAUAUAAACCGGUCGCCCAAUUAUUAUGGAUUUACUGUAAAAAUCGCGACAGCGAGUGAAUAUUUUGAUGCUGUUUGGAGCUCAAACAAAAAGUUUUCAAGAUAUUUGAGCGAUUUUUUACCUUAUAGAAAUUUCAGAGGAGACGUGCUUUCUGUGUAUUGGACUGGGCUUUAUACAACAAGACCUGCUCUUAAGGAAAUUAUAUAUGAGACCCACAGAAUUGCUAGAGCUGCGGAAAUCGCAAAGACAGUAUGUAAAAAAGAGAGGUUUUCAGCAUAUCAAGCUAGUUUGACUUUACAUCAUGAUUCGAUUACAGGAACUUGUAGGCCAGAUGUUUCUCAUGAUUAUAAAUUGCGAGACAAAAGUGAUAUAAAUCUGGCUUUUGAAGCAAUUAGCAGCGUUAUUAAGUCACAAAUUAAUUGGCCAAGCACUAACAAUUUUACUAUAAAUUUGCCUUAUCGAGUUAUUAUUGCUUUCAAUUCGUUAAAUUGAGACAAAACAGCUUUGCUUAAUAUAACUCUAAAAGGAAAGAUUUAUAUUGAAAUUAAGGACUGAAAUGGGAAUGCAGUAAAGUCUCAGCUGGUAGAGGAUAGUUUUAAUGGAGGCUUUAUAGUCUAUUUUAAAGCCGUAUUGCCAUCUUUGUCAUUUGUAACUUUUUUUAUAACCGAGCAUGAAAAGCCUUGUGAAGGUUGCUCUGUAGAGUCUGAGACUAAAAAAAGCAAAAAAUUGGCUGAUUCUUGCUAUAAGCUUAAGUUCAAUAAGCUGGGGAUGAUUAAAAAUAUUGAAAGCUCAAAAUUUAAAUAUGAUUUGGUACAAAAGUUUUGGCAAUAUUCAGGAAAAAACAGCGGAGCUUAUAUAUUUAGACCCAUAGAUGAAGGAAAAGAACUAAAAGAUUUAAAAUUAGAAAAAUUUAUAAUAUCUGAGGGGCCAAUUGUAAAAGUAGCCGAAGUUAUAUGAAAGAGAAAAUCAAAAUUUUUUUCUGAAAAAAUUAUUUUAUAUGAUGAAAAGAAAUUUUCAUUAGAAAUUGGACUUUUUGCAAGAAAAAAUGAAGAAAUUAUGAUAAGAUUUUCAAGUAAAAAUAUUAAAAAUAGCCCAUGAUUAUUUACAUCAAAUUCAGGAGAUUUAAGAAGCCGCGUUUACUAUACUGAGCCCUAUACAGAAAAAGGAAAUAAUAUGUAUCCAGCUCCAGGAGGCUUUGCAGUAAAACUGGAAAAAGAAUUUUUAAAAAUAUUCCCUUUGUUCUCUAUAGGAGUUGAGAUGGUAAAUGCAAAUACUUUCGAGCUUCUCAUUCACCGAAGUUUAACCCAUGACGAUGGGUUUGGUCUCGAUAUGGGGGUAAUCGAUAAAACUUUUGUAAAUCAUCAUUUUGAUAUUGAACUUAACGAGAAUUUGGAUUCUCAAUAUUGAAAGUCCUCAUUUGAAUCAAAAACAAAGGUUUAUUCAUUUCCUGUCAUGACUGAUGAAGGAGAUGUAUCUAUGGAGGAAUGGCAUAAUGGAAAAGAAAUGGCCAGCAACUGGAAAAUCAGGACUUAUUAUGAAAUGGGGUUUAAUAAUCCUAAUGUUUAUUUAUCAAGUGCAGUUAUGAAAGGAGAGGAGACAAUUUUUAGAAUUUUGAAUUUUAAUAGCAAGGAGGAACCAAUAUGGAUAGAAAAAUUUGAAAUGGGGAGAAAAAUGCUUUUUGAUGGAUAUGAGGAAGAAUCAAAGCAGAAGAACUGGGAGGAGGAUGAAAAAGAAAUUGCGUAUACAAGCAAGCCUGACUCUGGAAAGCCUAUUAGAAGUUUAAAUGCAACUCGAAGCGAAAUAAAGGAUGGAAUUGUCUUAGCGCCUUUGGAAUUUGCUGCAUUAAAUGCCUCUGCAAGAAUUAAUUAA